GCUUUGGAGGCAUACCCAGAGGCCAAGAUUAUAAACCUUCCUCGUCUUUGUAGUGAUCACCAUCCUGUUAUGCUUUGUGUAGAUACCUCUUCUCCAGCGAACCGGAAUGCAAAGCCAAUGAGAUUUGAAGCAGCUUGGUUGACUCAUGAAAACUUUGGGACAGUUUUCUCAGAAGCUUGGUCAGCUCAUAGUCUUUCUUUACCAGAUGCUAUCAGUUCUGUUCGUGAGACUUGUAUUCAAUGGAAUCGUGAUGUUUUUGGUGAUAUAUUUAAAAAAAAAGGCACUUACAAGCUCGGUUGGCAGGAAUCCAAAAUUCCCAAUACUAUGCAACUUCUCAUUUUUUGCAAAACUUGGAAGUUGAUUUGCUUGAUGAAUAUCAUCGAGCUCUCCAUGCUGAGGAACUUUUCUGGUGUCAAAAAUCUCAUCGAGAUUGGAUUGCUUCUGGAGACAGAAAUACAAAUUUCUAUCAUGCCUCCACAAUCAUUCGAAGGGGAUACCCAGCCUCCUUCGCAAUCCUAUUUAAAUCUUCAGCCAUGCCUCACUGAUGAUGAUAGUCUUUCUUUGCUAGCUCCUAUCUCUAUGGAUGAAGUUAAAGCUGCUCUCUUUUCUAUGAAGGGUCUUAAAAGUCCUGGACCUGACGGCAUUCAACCCAUUUUUUAUCAAAAACAUUGGGCUGUCGUUUCAGGUACAUUGCUCUCUUUUGUUAAUCAAGCACUUACUGAUGGUUAUUUUGAUACGUCUUUGCUUCAAACUCAUAUAACUCUCAUUCCUAAAGGUGAGAGUCCAGACACCAUUCAAAAGUUUAGGCCAAUUUGCCUCCUCAAUGUUGCUUAUAAGGUGCUGUCAAAGGUUAUUGUUAACAGACUACGGCCGCACCUCCAGUCUCUUAUUGGCCCAUUUCAAAAUAGUUUCUUGGCAGGGAGAAGCACAACUGAUAACAUAAUACUAACACAGGAGGCAAUCCAUUCCAUGCGUAGAAUGAAGGGAAGGACAGGUGCCGCGACCUUUAAAAUUGAUUUGCAUAAAGCUUUUGACAGCAUUUCUUGGGAUUUCCUAUUAGAGGUCUUAGUGGAUUUCAACAUUCCAGCUCCGCUAAUCAGGUUGAUCAUGUUCUCUAUAUCUUCACUUAAGCUUUCAGUCUUGUGGAAUGGUAACGAACUUCCAUAUUUUCAGCCUCAGCAUGGUUUGCGGCAAGGUGAUCCACUCUCACCUUACCUUUUCAUUAUGGCAAUGGAGAAAUUGUCCCACAUGAUCUUGAGCCAGGUACAGACAGGUUCUUGGAAGCCUUUCAAAGUCUCAAGAGGGGGGUUAGCUCUCUCGCAUCUCUUUUUUGCUAAUGAUUUAAUGUUAUUUUGUCAAGCAUCUCAGACUCAGAUAGCCAUGGUAAUGGAUUGCUUAUCUGAGUUCUCAGGGAGAUCUGGUCUUGAAAUUAAUCUUGCUAAAUCCAAACUGUAUAUCUCGCCAAACAUCCAAAGCAAUGUUGCAAAUGCUCUAAGCUCUCUUUGUGGCAUUCCUCUAACAUGCAAUUUGGGUGUCUACCUUGGAGUCCCUAUCAUACAUGGGCGUUCAACUACUGCAACUUAUAAGUACAUCGUGGAAAAAAUUCAGAUUAAACUAGCGAGCUGGAAGCAGUCACUUUUAAGCUUUGCCAGUAGAAGAAUUUUGGUACAGUCUGUUACUUCAUCAAUUCCAACUUAUAGCAUGCAAUCUGUUUUACUACCCAAGAGUACUUGUGAUGCCAUUGACAGUUUGAACAGGAAGUUUCUGUGGGGCUCAGAUAGUAACUCAGCUAAACUUCACUUAGUUAGCUGGGGUGAUGUCUGUCGGCCUCGUGGUCAGGGAGGGUUAGGUUUACGCACUUCUUUUGAGAACAACAAGGCCUUCAUUGCUAAGUUGGGAUGGCAACUUCUCUCAGGACAAAACAAGCCUUGGUGUCAAGCUCUUUCCCAAAAAUAUCUCCGUACAGGGUCUCUCAUGAAUUGUCCAUCGCAAUCCGCCUCCUCUGUAACUUGGAGAAGUAUAUUAAAAUGUAGAGAUGUUUUGCAGUUGGGUGUUAGAUGGCAGGUAGGUUCAAGUUCCAACAUCAAGUUUUGGCAUGAUACUUGGGUUGGCCAUAAGAAGCUCCUGGAUUUUGCUAUACAACCAAUUCCACAAGAGUUGAUUGAUUUGCCUGUUGCUAGCUUCAUCUCAAGUGAUAAAAAUUGGGAUCUUAGUCCGAUUAUAGAGCUGCUUCCACUUAAUGUGCUAGACUCUAUUACAGUUAUUCCCCUGUCCAUAACAGACCAGUUUACAGAUAGUCCCUUCUGGCAUGGUUCAACAACUGGUGACUUUACAGUAAGCUCUGCUUUUGCAAUGCUACAAUCGCAGCGUAUGGCCUCGACAGUUAGCGUACAAUGGCGCUGGAUCUGGAACAUUCGGUGCACAGAGAGAGUCAAGUUCUUUAUUUGGUUACUGCGCAAGGGUCGAGUUCUCACAAAUUCCGUGCGGUUUGAUAGGCAUAUGGCUUCUUCCCUUAUGUGUCCUCGUUGUGAACAAGCUAUUGAGACUCCUAUCCAUCUCUUACUUCAUUCUCAUUCUUUGGGUAGUUCACUAAGCACCUGGGCAGGUUUGUUUCCAGUAGUUCUCUGGUCUCUUUGGAAAAGCAGAAAUAAAUUAGUCUUUGAUGGAAAAUGGAUUGCCCCACAAACUGUAUUCCAGCAGGCUAGAUCUCUUGCUUUCGAGACAGUCUUGGUCUUAAAUUCAUCUGUAUUAUCACCUCCUCCUCGUGAGCAUCGAUGGGUGCGAUGGUUGCCUCCUGAUCCUCCUUUUCUAAAAUUGAAUACUGAUGGCUCAAGGUCGCAUCAAUCUGGAAGAGCAUGUGCAGGGGGCCUGAUUCAUGAUCAUCAAGGUCAUUGGAUACAUGGAUUUACUGUAAAUAUAGGUGUUACCUCCAGUUUCAUUGUUGAGCUUUGGGGCUGUCGCGAAGGUUUAAGGCUAGCUCUUUCGCUUGGAAUACAACAUUUAAUCCUUGAAAUGGAUUCUUUGAUGGCUGUACAGUUGAUACAAGCAAGAAAGAUUGGGAAUGGAUCUUUUUCUGUCCUACUGGUUGAUAUUCUAUCGUUGUCAGAUGCCUUUACUGAUUGCCUAGUUCAACACACACUUCGCGAAGGAAAUGCUGCUGCAGAUUUUAUGGCUGCUUUGGGUCAUAAUUCUACCUCGGGUAUCACGUUAUUUCAAGAUCCACCAGUUGGGAUCAGUAUGAUCAUGCAUGGUGAUUGUGUUGGGGCUUCAUUCCUCAGAGUUUAAACUUUAAUUUAGUUUCCCAUGUAUCAAAAAAAAAAUAAUAAUAAAAGUAAUUAAGGUCA